AUGAGGCUGUUGCAACGAGGCAGGUUUCUCCUGUUCCUGAAGCUCACCUUGGUACUGGGAUCACUAUGGAUGCUCUCCCUACUCACUCGCAGUAGAUCAGGCUGGAAUCCCAGCUACAGCUGGUUGGAGUAUACAGAUGAUGACAGCCCCGAGAAAAUGUGCGACUGCUCAGCUAUCCUGCAGGGAGAGAGGGAGGCACUGGAGCAGGCCAAAUUACUGACCAUCACCAAAGACUUCAAGAAGAGUGUUCACAUCCCUGAUGAAUAUUACAUGAAUGCUUCCCAAGACUGCAGUGCUUUCAAGCUAAGAAGGAAAUAUUUAACAUUUCCGUUGAGCCAGGAAGAGGAGGAGUUCCCUCUGGCCUACUCUAUGGUUGUGCAUCAUAAGGUGCAGAGCUUUGAGCGACUUCUGCGAGCCAUCUAUGCACCUCAAAAUGUAUAUUGUGUACAUGUGGACAAAAAAGCAAAGUCCUCAGUCUUAGCUGCCAUCAGGGCCAUUACUGCCUGCUUCCCGAACAUCUUCAUGGUCAGCCAGCCUGUAGACGUGGUCUAUUCUGCCUGGCCACGUGUCCAGGCAGACCUUAACUGUAUGGCUGAUCUCUAUAAUGCCAGCACAAAAUGGAAAUACCUCCUCAACCUAUGUGGACAAGAUUUCCCACUGAAAACCAACUUGGAGAUUGUAAGGGCGCUGCGUUCACUGAGGGGCGGGAACAGCUUAGAGUCAGAAAAAAUGCCUGCAGAAAAGAUGUGGAGAGUGAGAAAUGCUCACCAAAUAAUAGAUGGAACAAUCCAGGGGACAGGAAAGGCAAAGGAGCCACCUCCCUUCAACUUGACCAUAAUGUCUGGGAAUGCCUAUUUUGUGGUUAGCCGGGGCUACAUCAGCAGUGUGUUGGAGGACAAACGAGUGCUGGCACUGAUUGAAUGGGCGAAAGACACCUACAGUCCUGAUGAAUUUCUCUGGGCAACCAUUCAGCGAAUGCCCGGAAUUCCUGGCUCAAAACGGCCGCAUAUCAAAUAUGACAUGUCAGACCUCAAUGCUAUCACUCGCCUGGUGAAGUGGCAGUUUCACGAGGGGUCGCAGGAUUCACUGAACGCAGUGUACCCAGAGUGUCAAGGCAACCACGUCAGGUCAAUAUGUAUAUAUGGUGUUGGGGACCUACAGUGGAUGCUCGAGCACCAUCAUCUCUUUGCCAACAAGUUUGACAUAGACACAGACGCCAUCGCUGUUCACUGUUUGGAGAAAUAUCUGAGAAAAAGGGCACUGUCUAAGUUACAAUAG